AUGGAGUCACUGUCCCUGAUUGAUGCUGUUAUGCCGGACGUGGUGGAGUCUCGCAAACAAGCCUUUUCUAAGAACACCCAGGUCAAGGCGGAAGCCAGUAACACAAACGGGGAGGUCGCAGCUCACGCUGUAGACAAUCAUGCUGAUUCCAUGGAGGUGGACGGAGCUGUGGACAUCCCCAGUAACAAGGCCACAGUUUUACGAGGCCAUGAGUCUGAGGUGUUCAUUUGUGCUUGGAAUCCAACUAACGACCUCCUGGCUUCAGGAUCUGGAGACUCGACAGCCAGAAUAUGGAAUAUGAAUGACAACAACAUUGCCACUAGUGCCAGCCAACUAGUUCUGCGACACUGUAUACAGAAAGGGGGCACCGAGGUUCCCAGCAACAAGGACGUCACAUCUUUGGAUUGGGUGUGUGAUGGAACACUGUUAGCGACAGGCUCGUAUGACGGGUUCGCCAGGAUAUGGAGCAUCGAUGGUCGGUUGGUCAACACACUGGGGCAGCACAAGGGCCCUAUUUUUGCCCUCAAGUGGAACAAGCGGGGGAACUAUAUUUUGAGUGCCGGCGUGGACAAGACGACGAUAAUCUGGGACGCCAACACUGGAAGUUGUACACAGCAGUUUGCAUUUCAUUCAGCACCAGCGUUAGACGUGGACUGGCAGAGCAACAACACAUUCGCCUCUUGUUCCACAGACCAGUGCAUACAUGUGUGUCGUCUUGGUGACCUCCGGCCAGUCAAAACAUUCCAGGGACAUACCAAUGAGGUCAACGCAAUCAAGUGGGAUCCCCAAGGACAGCUGUUGGCCUCUUGCUCCGAUGACAUGACCCUCAAGAUCUGGAGCAUGAAAAGUGAUCAGUGGGUACACGAUCUUCAAGCACAUAAUAAAGAAAUCUACACCAUCAAGUGGAGUCCCACGGGUCCUGGCACAAGCAAUCCCAAUCAGAAUUUGAUAUUGGCCAGUGCCUCAUUUGACUCAACAGUUCGACUCUGGGAAGUCGAGCAGGGCAGAUGUCUGCACACGCUCACCAAACACACGGAGCCAGUCUACAGCGUAGCCUUCAGUCCUGAUGGGAAAUAUAUAGCUAGCGGUUCCUUCGAUAAAUGUGUGCACAUAUGGAACGUUCAGACUGGCUCACUGGUGCACAGUUAUCGAGGAACUGGCGGUAUUUUUGAAGUCUGCUGGAAUCACCGAGGCGACAAAGUGGGAGCCAGUGCUUCAGAUGGCUCUGUGGUGGUUCUUGAUCUGAGGAAGUAG